CUAUAAAAAAUCUGGAGCCGAGCAGACGAGCAAGAGAAUCCAUCACUGGUAGGCGUCGGCCAGCAACUGCUCUACGAAAUUCGGCCAAAUUCACUUCCUCUGUGAAACAAAAGCCAGCAACAGCAGCAAUGAGGAGGGCUCACAUUCUCGCAGUCACGGCCGCCAUCGCCGUUGGGCUGGUCGCGCUGCAGAGCGGCGUCGGCGCGACCCCGGAGACGACGUGCAGGGCGGCGGCGAGCACCGACAAGCGCGUGGACUACCACUUCUGCGUGGCCAGGCUGAGCCAGCACCACGACAGCCCCGACGCCGACACGUGGGGCCUGGCCAAGGUGGCCGCCGACGUGGGCGUCCUGAUGGCCGGCAACGGGGUGUACGACAUCAAGCGCAUGCUGGCCGACAAGUCGCCGCCAGCGGCGCCAGUUGGGGCCAAGAAGAAGGCGCGGGCGGCGCUGGAGCAGUGCGAGGCGCUGUACGACAGGAUGGGGUCCGCGUUCGCCGAGGCGUACGACGGGAUCAGCAGGCGCGACUACGCGGCGGGGAAGGAGAAGGCGCGGGAGGCCCUGACCCUGGCGCACCGCUGCGGCGACGCCUUCGCCCGGGCCGGCGUCCAGUCGCCGCUGGCGAAGCAGAGCGCCGACUCCGUCGAGAUGGCCAUCGUCUGCACGGCCAUCACCAACCUCAUCCACUGAUGCCAUUUUACUCUGCUUGUGUUCCACCGACGCCUUCCGACGUUGUCUUGUGCGCUUGUGUUCGUCGUGUCUCUGGACAAUGCAGUACGUGUAAAUCGCGGUUCUUGAUGAUCGGGUGCUGUAGCGAACUAUUAGAAGGAAUAAAAUUAACCGCGUGAUUUUAUUGCAUCUAA